ACCGAAGAACACAACGCAUGAUGCCUAGCGAACACCCGUACCGCGUUGCUGCACGACAUCACAAAUUGGGCAAACAACAAGGAGGGAAACCCUCUAUUCUCGCUGAGCGGCAUGGCUGGCACGGGAAAGUCUACAAUUGCGCGGACAAUUGCCCAGUCAUUUGCCAGCCACGGCCAGCUAGGAGCAAGCUUCUUCUUCAAGGGAGGCGAAGGCGAGCGCGGCACCGCCGUACGAUUCUUCACCACCAUCGCUAACGACUUGGUGGCCUAUGAGCCAGGCAUGCUACCCGGCAUAAGAAAGGCGCUCGACGAGGACUCGGCUAUAUCAGACAGAGCUCUGAAAGACCAGUUCGAGAAGCUGAUCCUCCAGCCAAUCUUGGGGAUAAAGCAGGCUUGUUUGCAGGCCUUGGCGCGUGUUAUGCUUUGA